CUAAUCCUAUACAGUCAACGCAGCUGCUUUCUAGUGCGAGCUGCACCCAUCAAUAUAGCUCCCUCGGAUUCGAAAGCACCAGUGUCAACCCACCGACACAGAGCAGAGGAAGAACACACACAAACGGGCAUUUGAACUAGUGGCAGCUUAACUCCUUUUUGGAGGUUACGAAAGACUGGACCCAACCCCCCCCCAAAACUGGACCUCUGCCUCUGUAUGGAAAAAUCCCCCUUGCCUGAGAAAACAGGAGCCAAACCGGUAGGACCCACUGUGUUGAGCAACACAGAAGGCACAGCACCAUGUUCAGUCUGAUCAAAAAGGAGAAGGAUGGAGGGAAGAAAGAGAAGGAUAAGAAGGACAAGAAGGAGAGGAUGUCUGCGGCGGAGCUGCGCAGCCUAGAGGAGAUGAGCAUGAGGCGUGGCUUCUUCAACCUCAAGAGAGAGUCCAAGCGGGAUUCCAAGAACAAGCUGGAGAUCUCCAACCCCAUCCCCAUCAAGGUGGCCAGCAGCCACGAGCUCAGCCUCACUGACAUCGAGUCAGACGGCCUGAGCAACCGUAGUAGCAUGGUGCUGGACGCAGACGGCCUGAGCGCUGCCAGCUCCACCGAUGACCUGAAGGGCGAGGGGGGCGGCGGUCUGGACAAGGACCGGGGCUCGGUGCGAGACCGCGUGGCCCACUUCGGCUCGAUGGCCAAGCACAACUCCUCUCAGGUCAUGAAGCGCUUCUCAUUCUCCCAGAGGAGCAAAGAGGAGAGCCCCUCGGAGACCUCCACGCUCUCGGGACAGAACUCAGCCGCUCCGUCCCCGCAGGUGGAGAACAAGGUGUUCGACCCGCAGAGUAAGCACAGCCUCCAGCAGCAGAAGCUGGGGGUGGGGGUCGGGGUGGGGGUUGGGCCAGCACCUUGGCCAGUGCCGGUCAAGAAGGCUCGCAUCCCUGAGGUGGUGGACAAGACCUUCCCUGCUGACCUGAGGCUCCCGGUUGUCAUCCCUCCACAGUCUCCGGAGCCACGGGAGCUGGAGCUCCAGCGCCGCAACACGGGUGACUUCGGUUUCUCCCUGCGCCGCACCACCAUGUUGGACCGCGGGGCCGACGGAGGGGUCUACCGGAGGGUGGUGCACUUCGCAGAGCCCGGGGCCGGCACUAAGGACCUGGCCCUGGGGCUGGUGCCGGGAGACCGUCUGGUGGAGAUCAACGGGGGAAACGUGGAGAACAAGACCAGGGACGAGAUUGUGGAGAUGAUCCGUCAGUCUGGGGACACGGUGAGGCUGAAGGUGCAGCCCAUCCUGGAGCUGAGUGAGCUGAGCCGCUGCUGGCUGAGAAACACAGACGGCCAGCGCCGAGAGGCCCAGGAUGGACAGGUGGACGAGGACCCUGUGGCCAUCCUUCAGGCGUCUCACGCCGCUGCCCAACAACCCAAGGUGAAGACAGAGGAGCAGAUAGCCACAGAGCAGGCAUGGUACGGCUCAGAGAAGGUCUGGCUGGUCCACAAGGAUGGCUUCUCCCUGGCGACACUGCUGAAGACUGAGGCGGGCUCUCUGCCGGAGGGGAAGGUGAAGAUCAAACUGGAACAUGACGGGACAAUACUGGACGUAGAUGAGGAUGACGUGGAGAAGGCGAAUCCCCCGUCGUUUGACCGCUCUGAGGACCUGGCCUCGCUGCAGUACCUCAAUGAGUCCAGUGUGAUGCACUCCCUGCGGCAGCGCUAUGGGGGAAACCUCAUCCACACACACGCCGGGCCCAACAUGGUCAUCAUCAAUCCCCUCAGCGCUCCCUCCAUGUACUCAGAGAAGGUGAUGCACAUGUUUAAGGGGUGCAGGAGAGAGGACACGGCACCUCACAUCUACGCGGUGGCCCAGUCGGCCUACAGGAACCUGUUGACCACGCGUCAGGACCAGUCCAUCGUGCUGCUGGGGAAGAGCGGCAGCGGCAAGACCACCAACUGUCAACACCUGGUCCAGUACCUGGUCUCCAUCGCUGGCAGCACCGGAAAGAUCUUCUCUGGAGAGAAGUGGCAGGCAGUAUACACCAUCCUGGAAGCAUUUGGGAACAGCUCCACCUCCAUGAACACCAACGCCAGCCGCUUCUCUCAGAUUGUCUCUCUGGACUUCGACCAGGCUGGCCAGGUGGCCUCCGCAUCCAUACAGACCAUGCUGCUUGAGAAGCUGAGAGUGGCCAAACGGCCAGAGACUGAGUCCACCUUCAACGUCUUCUACUACAUGAUGUCCGGAGCUGACAGCACUCUCAGAACGGAGCUACACUUUAACCACUUUGCAGACAACAGCGCCUUCGGAAUUGCGCCUCAGUCUAAACCGGAGGACAAACAGAAGUCAUCUCAGCAGUUCACCAAGCUGCAGGCAGCCAUGAAGGUGCUGGGCAUCUCAGUGGAGGAGCAGAGGGCUCUGUGGCUCAUCUUGGGGGCCAUCUACCACCUGGGGGCAGCAGGGGCCACCAAAGAGGCUGACGAAGCUGGCCGUAAGCAGUUUGCCCGUCAUGAGUGGGCCCAGAAGGCAGCCUACCUGCUGGGCUGCACCUUGGAGGAGCUCUCCUCUUCCAUCUUCAAGCACCAGGCCAAGGGGCCCAUGCAGAGGUCCACCUCCUUCCGUGGGGGGCCCGACGAGGCCGGCGCAGGAGACAGCUCAGGCUCUAAGAUCACAGCCCUGGAUUGUUUGGAGGCCAUGGCUUCAGGCCUGUACUCAGAGCUCUUCACCCUCGUUAUCUCCCUUGUCAACAGAGCUCUGAAGUCCAGUCAGCACUCACUGUGCUCUCUGCUCAUCGUGGACACACCGGGUUUCCAGAACCCUCGCAUGGCCAAGCGCCAGCGCGGUGCCACCUUCGAGGAGCUGUGCCACAACUACGCCCAGGAACGCCUGCAGACCCUGUUCCACGAACGCACCUUUGUACAGGAGCUGGAGAGAUAUAAGGAGGAAAACAUAGAGCUUGCAUUAGAUGACAUAGAGUCCAGUACCUCAAUGUCUGUAGCAGCUAUAGACCAAGCAUCUACUCAAGCGCUGGUGCGCACCCUGGCGAGGACAGAUGAGGCUCGAGGUCUGCUGUGGCUGAUGGAGGAGGAGGCUGUGCAGCCAGGGGGCUCUGAGGACACUCUGCUGGAGAGACUCUUCAGUUACUACGGCCCUGACCAGGGGGACAACAAAGGACACGCUCUGCUCCUGAAGAGCGACAAGCCGCAUCACUUCCUGUUGGGCCACAGCCACGGGACAGACUGGGUGGAGUACGAUGCUCAGGGUUGGCUGAGCCACGCCAAGCAGAACCCCGCCUCCCAGAACGCUGCCACUCUGCUGCAGGACUCACAGAAGAAGAACAUCAGCAGUCUGUUCUCUAGUCGUAGUGGAGGGCCCACAGUGCUGUCUGGCUCUAUCGCAGGGUUGGAGGGGGGAUCUCAGCUGGCCCUCCGCAGAGCCACUAGCAUGAGGAAGACCUUCACAACCGGCAUGGCCGCCGUGAAGAAGAAGAGCCUCUGCAUCCAGAUCAAACUGCAAGUGGAUGCUCUGCUGGACACGGUACGCAGGUCCAGAGUUCACUUUGUCCACUGCCUACUGCCCAAGGCAGAUGCGGUGGGGGUGGGUGGGGAGCCGCGCGUGGCCCACGGAGAAAGCUGCGACUCAGGCCUCAUGCAGCUGGAUGUGGGCCUUCUGAGGGCUCAGCUCCGUGGAUCAAAGCUUAUUGACGCUCUGCGCAUCUACAGGCAAGGAUAUCCUGAUCACAUGGUGUUCUCUGAAUUCCGUCGCCGCUUCGAUGUGCUGGCACCCCACCUGACCAAAAAGCACGGGCGCCACUACAUCGUCACAGAUGAGAAGCGGGCUGUGGAGGAGCUGUUGGAGUCUCUGGACUUGGAGAACAGCAGUUACCACAUGGGCCUGAGCAGGGUGUUCUUCAGAGCUGGGACCCUGGCCAAACUGGAGGAGCAGAGGGACGUCCAGACCAGACGCAACAUCACCAUGUUCCAGGCUGCCUGCAGAGGAUAUCUGGCCAGACAGGCCUUCAAGAAGAGGAAGAUCCAGGACCUGGCUAUCCGCUGCAUCCAGAAGAACAUCAAGAAGAACAAGGGCGUGAAGGGCUGGGCCUGGUGGAAGGUGUUCACCACAGUACGCCCCCUUAUAGAGGUCCAGCUCACAGAGGAGCAGAUACGUGGCAAAGACGAGGAGAUCCAGCAGCUGAAAGGGAGGCUGGAGAAGGUGGAGAAGGAGAGGAACGAGCUGAGACUCAACAGUGACCGCCUGGAGAGCCGGAUCACAGAGCUGUCGUCGGAGCUGGCAGACGAGAGGAACACAGGAGAGUCGGCCUCUCAGCUGCUGGAGUCUGAGACCUCAGAGAGACUGAGACUGGAGAAAGACAUGAAGGACCUGCAGACUAAGUUUGACUCGAUGAAGAAGUCUAUGGACUCUAUGGAGAUGGAGGUGAUGGAGACCAGACUCCUCAGAGCCUCCGAGCUCAACGGAGAGAUGGACGACGAUGACACAGGGGGAGAGUGGAGACUGAAGUAUGAGAGGGCCAUCAGAGAGAUCGAGUUCACCAAGAAGAGGCUCCAGCAGGAGUUUGAUGACAAGCUGGAGAUGGAGCAGCAGAACAAACGACAGCUGGAGAGGAGGCUAAGUGACCUCCAGGCAGACAAUGAAGAGGUGCAGCGUACGGCCCAGCAGCUGAAGAAGAAGUGUCAGAGAUUGACGGCUGAGCUACAGGACACCAAGCUACAUCUGGAAGGCCAGCAGAGCCGCAACCAUGACCUGGAGAAGAAACAGAGGAAGUUUGACUCAGAGCAGAACCUGUCUCAGGAGGAGGUUCAGAGGGAGAAGAAUAUUAGAGAGAUGCUGAGCAGAGAGAAGGACAUGCUGACUGGAGAGGUGUUCACCCUGCGACAGCAACUGCAGGACAAGGACCUGGAGAUGUGUGCGCAAAAUGUGAAGUUAGAACAGCUGGAGGCGGAGCUGCUGGACCUGUCGUCCCAGGAGACCAAGGAUGAGGCGUCGCUGUCCAAGGUGAAGAAGACGAUGCGUGACCUGGAGGCCAAGGUCAAAGACCAGGAAGAGGAGCUGGAUGAACAGGCCGGAACUAUACAGAUGCUGGAGCAGGCUAAGCUGCGUCUGGAGAUGGAGACAGAGAGACUGCGCCAGACACACUCCAAGGAGAUUGAAAGUAAAGACGAGGAGGUGGAGGAGAUCAGACAGUCCUGCAGUAAGAAGCUGAAGCAGAUAGAAGUCAGGCUGGAGGAGGAGUAUGAUGACAAACAGAAGGUUCUGCGUGAAAGGAGAGAACUGGAGACCAAGCUGCUGUCUUCCCAGGACCAGGUGAACCCCAGAGACGUGGAGUCAGAGAAGAGGCUGAGGAAGGAUCUGAAGCGAACCAAGGCCCUGCUGGCUGAUGCCCAGAUCAUGCUGGACCACAUGAAGAACAACGCCCCCAGCAAGAGAGAGAUUGCCCAGCUCAAAAACCAGCUGGAGGAGUCAGAGUUCACUUGCACGGCAGCAGUGAAGGCCCGUAAAUCUAUGGAGGUGGAGAUUGAGGACUUGCAUGUGCAGAUGGACGACAUCUCCAAAGCCAAACAGGCUCUGGAGGAGCAGUUGAGCAGGCUGCAGAGAGAGAAGAAUGAUCUGCAGUCUCGUAUGGAGGAGGACCAGGAGGAUAUGAACGAGCUCAUGAAGAAGCACAAGUCAGCUGUCUCCCAGUCAACUCAGAACCUAGCCCAGAUCUCUGACCUACAAGCCCAGCUGGAGGAGGCCCUCAAGCAGAAGCAGGAUGUCCAGGAGAAGCUCUCAGCACUGCAGAGCCAGCUGGAGUUCCAGGAGACUUCUAUGGUGGAGAAGUCUCUGGUCAGCAGGCAGGAGGCCAAGAUCCGAGAGAUGGAGACCAAGAUGGAAUUUGAGAAGACGCAGGUCAAACGCUUGGAGAGCCUGGUGGCCCGUCUGAAGGAGAACCUUGAGAAGCUAACAGAGGAGCGGGAUCACCGCAGCACCAGCGAGACCCGGGAGAAGGAGCAGAACAAGCGGCUCCAGAGACAGAUCAGAGAUGUCAAGGAGGAGAUGGGAGAGCUGGCCAAGAAGGAGGGAGAGGCCAGCCGCAAGAAACAUGAGCUGGAAAUGGAUAUUGAAAGCUUGGAGGCAGCCAAUCAGAGCCUGCAGGCGGACCUUAAACUAGCCUUCAAGAGGAUUGGUGACCUCCAGGCUGCCAUCGAAGAUGAGAUGGAGAGUGACGACAACGAGGACCUCAUUAACAGUUUACAAGACAUGGUGACAAAGUAUCAGAAAAGAAGGAACAAAACUGAGGGAGACUCAUCUGACUCGGAGGUGGAAGACCGUGUGGACGGGGUCAAGUCCUGGCUGUCCAAAAACAAAGGCUCGACCAAGAACCUCUCAGAUGACGGCAGCCUCAAGAGUGCCAGAUUUGCCGUAAACGUAGACGCAGAGGAAGGGAAAGAGUGGAAAGAGGUCCUCCUAGCCGAAGACGGUUCUGCUUUGACAAAUCUGACGAAGAAGAGGUUGAAAAAGAAGGUGGUGCGUCCCGAGGGUCCUACCGCUCCAGAAACACACGGGGCAGCUACCUGAACAACAGUGACAGCGAAGACAAGCCCUCUGAGACAACAUAGUUCACACACACACACCAGCCAACAAACCCUGCAUGUUGAGAGGGCCCCUGUGGUGCUGUCAUCACACACAACCACUCUACUGUUCUUCUAACCCUGCAACAUGGCAAUGAUACUAUUACUAUCAUUAUUAUUCUACUGUUACAAAGCAGCUUGCAUUGCUAAGGUCUAGAGAAGGUGCCAUAGUACGUCAGUGUACAGUACACAACACUAAUGGUUUCUCUCGCACUCCACUGGGCCAACCAUCUCUUAGUGUAUUUCACCAGUCACAUGUGACAAUGUCUCCAUCUUGGAUCUGGCCCCUCCAGUUGAACAGCACCUCCAUUAAUAAUGGCUUGUAUCUCCUGUCUCUGCUGGCUGCAUGAGGACAGCUGCUGCUUGGCUGGCGCCAUCGUCUCCUACUUCCUAGACUCUGUCAUCGUCAUCAUGGUUGUAACUGAGCCAAAGAACUAGCUAUGUUCCCUUGUGUUUUAUCACUGCAUCGGGGGACUAGAAAGACAAAAAAUCUAACAAAAAAAAGAUGGAGGAAAUAAGUACCAAAAAAAGCCUUUGUUGCAAGUAGAUGUGUACACUGUGUUAUUGCUUAUCAAGUAUAUGUGUACACUGUGUUAUUGCUUAUCAAGUAUAUGUGUACACUGUGUUAUUGCUUAUCUGAGUCCUGGUAAAAAGACCAGAGUUUUUUGGGGGGAGAAGUGCCGUUGAUAUACAGUACAUAGGGUCCUCUGCAGCUGUGCUUAGAUUCUGGCUGCAGCGCCGCGCCACCCCCUGAAAGAAGACGCUUUCAUCGGCUCAUCUGCUUGUUUUCUAUUGCUUGUUUGAGCAGGAGAAUAAUGUUUCCUAACAGGAAGACAACAGAAGAGAGCUGCAGCACCAAACUGCUUUGUGAUGAAAGUUUAGCCCUUCUCUUCUUUUUUCUUUUUGUUUUGAUGUUUGAAAGAAGAUCAUUUGUUUUCGAGAGUCCUGCCAUCAAGAAAAUGAAUUUCCAGGAGGUUGGAGCGUAGCAUACCCUAUGAAAUGCCUUGCCUUUUAUUUCAACUUGAAUUGAACUAAGUACUUUGCAGAAAUGCUUUUGGGGUGAGAGUCUUUGGCUCAGCUGUUUUUUUUCUUCUCUCUGUCGUUGUGGUUGUUGUUCUCAUGCUUUUCACUCGUUUUCUCUCCAUUUGAUGUUUGCUUUCCAAAGGGAACGAUAUUGAACACCAUGCUUUAUGAUGGUUUGCCUUUAGUUUAUAUCUCCUUCAACACCCACAUGUUUUCUUUUUCUGAUAAACCAUACUGGAUUACACAUGGUGAGGAUUUGGGGUCCUCAACCCACAUGGUAAAUCCUUCUGUGUUCCAUCAUCACUCUGUAAACUGGAUAUAAUACAUUCAAAUCCUUUUCAGUGUCUCUGAAGCCUAUUUGUCAUGUAGGAUUCAUCAGUAUUCUGUCCUGAACCAAUGCUACUGUUCAUAACAGAGCAGCAGUUUAACCAGGAAGAUAUUAAAGACCCAUGCUUUUACGGUUGCUUGGUGUUACAUUGAACCCUUCGGCUGUCUCUUUAGUAUUUAUGAAUUAGCGUUAAUGAAUUGAGCAGGCCUGCCAAAAUGUGUAUUAUCCACCUGUACAUGGCAAGUGGGGCUGACAGGAUUGUGUUGAUACUUUGCGUGACGGGAGAAGUUUGGUGCGUUUGUAUUAUACAUGCUUUUUAAAGACAGAUUUAACACCUUUUUCCUCUAUGCCAGGGUUUCCCAAACUCUGUCUUGGGGCCUGCCAGGGUUUACGUUUUGGUAUUUGCCUGGGCACUACACAGCUGAUUCAAAUAAUCAAAGCUUGAUGAUGAGAUGAUUAUUUGAAUCAGCUGUGUAGUGCUAGGGCAAAAAAGAAAGCGUGCACCUAGGGGGGCACCAGGACCAAGUUUGGGAAACCCUGCUCUAUGCAGUCAACAUGAGUUUUAAAAGGAAUUGUAAACUGUUUUAUGAUCUCGUUUUAUGAUACUCUUAAACCUGAGUCAUCAUAAAAACACCAGGCAAACAAAGAAAUAAGCCAACAUAACAUUGCUGACUGUACACAUUAAUAUUUAUAUAAAUAUCUGUACUGAUUCAUGCUAGCUUUCAAAAUAGUAUAUUUUUAUUUUCGUUAUUGAACAAAAUGACCACUUAUUAUGAGUAAUUUUGGUUUACAGUUUAAUAUAUUGUAAAUAAAUGAUGACUCAGACUGUAAUUUUAUUUUCUCUGUGGGUUUUUGUUUGACAUUUUCUGCAUUGGUGUUUCAGCCUCCAAGCUCCUAUCUGUCUUUUCAGACUUAAAUAUGCACAUUAGAAAAUAGUCUCCCACUUAACAUUUCUGGAGGGCAUACUGUGGUAUUUUUUUUAAUGAAAGGCAAAUAAAAAUAAAUUCUGUUCUCUGA